CGUUGUAGCUACAAAGGUUGAAACUUCGUUCCCUUUCCUCGACGCCAUGCUUUCACGGCUGUGGGGCUUUAUCUCGGGCUCCAAGAGGCCGGCGGACGAGGGCAACCAGCCGCCCCCCAAAGCGCCCAAAAGCUGCCCAGCCAGUACCCAGAGCACCUCAGGCUCCACAGCAGUUCUACAUUGGCGGCCCUGAGUUCAAGCUGCUGCUGCUCGGUGAUGGCCUGGUCGGGAAGACCUGCUUUGUGAAGCGACACUUAACCGGUGAAUUUCUCACAAAGUACCGACCCACAGAGGGCUGCGAAAUGAAGAAGAUCAAAGUGUCGACCAGCAGAGGUCAAGUGCUCUUCAAUGUUUGGGACACUGCUGGGCAGGAGCAUUUGGCGGGUCUACGGGAUGGAUACUUCAUAGGUGCAGAGUGUGCCAUUGUUUUCUUCGAUGUCUGCAACCGUGAAAGCCAGAAGAAUGUGGCACAAUGGGUGGCCGACCUUCGGAAGGUUGCGGGUGAGAUCCCCAUCGUCGUGGCAGGCAACAAGGUGGAUCUGCCAAACCGACAGGUGAAAGCGCAGGAGGGCUCCGUGAUGAUGCGGAAGCUCAAGGUCCAAUAUUACGAUUUAAGUGUGAAAAACCGGUUACAUUUGGAGAUGCCUUUCCUGUGGCUUUCGCGGCGCCUGCUCAACGAUCCCGAGCUGAGGCUCACUGCCGAAGAGGCCCUCCUGCCCAAAACGCCCAGCGCACCCAGCAGCACGGAGCGGAGGCAGGCAGAGCUAGAUCUGGCCAGAGCCUGCAAUGUGCCUGUGGAUGAUGAUGAAGACUUCUGAGCAGAGCUGGGUGAUAGACCCGUCAAGCCACCCGUUCGGAGAAGUUUCCCUGGUAUCUUGACGACCUUUUCUGCCCAAAUCGAAUUCAGAAAGAGAUGCCUCACUCCCUUCGCUCGGCUAUGAGCCAUGCAGUGUGCCCCGCCACCGUACAGUACCUGCGGAGGCAUUGACUUUGGCACGCCACAGGAUUAAAGUCCUUAGGGCCAAAGAAAUGUCAACAAUUAUUCGCGCCACUGUUGCUGAAAA